AAGUUUAUUUAAACGGAUUGUAAAGGAGAGCGACGUGGUGCGUAAAAGGAUCCUCUUUAGUUGCGCUUUCCCGCUUAUUGCGUACCGCGCGCGCGAAUGAGGAACCCGAGAAAAUUAAUAUGACAGAUGUUCAGUUGGUUAAUAAUUUGUUUACAAUUUUCCCCUGCAAGUGAGAUAAACAAAUCGCGUUAGUCGGGUAGAAAAGUAUUGCGAGGGUCCUCGGACACCUAUUAGGAUAAUCAACUUUCCCCUUCGCAGGGCCGAUGAGGCGGCACGGGUGCGACAAGAUCCCCUUCUUCUCGAGGCAUUUAAACGUUGUAAACUAUGUCUUGGAGUGACGAGACGAGUGUCGCGAUCCAAGAGAGGAACGACAGGAAGAGCGUACGCAAACAGAAACGAGCGCAUCACAGACUGCUCAAGGAUAUGAACAUUAAAUGUGCCGAGCUGCCUACGCAGCACCUGAUGAUAUGCAACGGCGGCCUGGUUACCGGUAUCAAGAGGGAGACGUUGCAGUGCGUGCUGGACGCCCUGAUCUCCAAGUACACUCUGAUAAUGCCGGCGGGCAAGUCUUACUGCUUCGUGACGUGCAAUUCGAGGGAGGACGCGACCUGCGUAUACAAUUACAUUCACGGGCGCAUUAAGCUUCCCGGCCAAAAUGGCCCGUUAUAUGUAUGCUAUACUGAAACAGUGUCCACCGUGGACGACGUUGCGACGGAUUCUGCAUUCCCCCCUGGGCUUACGUUGAUGGAGAAUUUUAUAACGGAGGAGCAAGCGGAAAGUCUGUUGGAGACGCUCACUUGGGACGAAGAAUCCGCCUCGUCGCAACUGAAACACAGACAAGUAAAGCAUUUCGGGUACGAGUUCGAGUAUGGCACGAACAUGGUGGAUAUCGACAAACCUAUCGCGCCGAUUCCCCAGAGCUACAAAUUUCUCCAGACCUUAUUCGACAAGCACGGUCACAAAUAUACUUAUGAUCAGUUGACCAUCAACAAGUACCUGCCUGGACAAGGUAUACCUUCGCACAUUGACACGCAUAGUGUCUUCGAGGAUACGAUAUUAUCUCUGUCACUCGGAUCCGCGUGCGUCAUGAACUUUAAGAAGGAUCGGAAGAUCGAUGUCCUCCUGCCAGCCAGGUCUCUGUUGAUUAUGGGGGGAGAGGCGAGAUACGCGUGGGCCCACGGCAUCUGCCCUCGUCGCAGUGACGUAAUCGAGACGAAAAAUGGGAGCACAACACAAGAACGUGGUACCCGGGUGUCCUUCACUUUCAGGAAAGUGCGACGAGGCGACUGCCACUGUGACUUCAAAGAUUACUGCGAUACCGCGAAAUGUGAUACUCUUGUCCAUAUCGACAGGGGGUUGGGAUUGGAAAGUUCGUAUGUACACAGGGUUUACGAGGAGAUAGCUAGUCACUUCAACGAGACACGAUACAAACAAUGGCCCAACGUAAUCAAAUUCCUGGAGAGCUUGGAAGAGGGCACGCUGUUGUUGGACGUAGGUUGCGGAAACGGCAAGUACCUUUGCGGAGGUCGAAAUGUAUACAAGAUGGGAUGCGAUCGCAGCUCCGGAUUGAUGGAUAUUUGUCACAAGCGAGGCUUCGAGGUCCUUCAGUGCGAUUGCCUGUAUCUGCCGUACAGAGACGAUUCCGUGGACGCGGUGAUCAGCAUUGCAGUUAUUCAUCAUCUGUCCACUCAGGAGCGAAGGCAACGCGCCAUCUCCGAGAUGAUUCGAGUUCUGAGGCCACGGGGGAGAUGCUUGAUCUACGUGUGGGCGAUGGAGCAACGCAAGAAUUCCAUGGAUUCGGCCUAUCUCAAGUCCGGCAAAAGAAGCAAGGAGACGGGCAAGAUCGACCGAAGCGGAAUCAAUCACGAGAGAACCUCCGAGUGUCGUUUAACAUUACCGAUACACGAAAACAGGACGAACUUCACUCACAGUGACAUGCUGGUUCCCUGGAAAAUGAAGAGCGGCGAAAAAUUUCUGAGAUAUUAUCACGUAUUUCGGGAAUACGAGCUCGCGAAAUUGUGUACAGAAAUACCAGCCGCCGUCAUCAACAAGGUGUACUAUGAUCAAGGCAAUUGGUGCGUGAUUUUGGAGAAAUGUACAAGGGUCGUGGAAUAAACACUAGAUUGACAUCUGAA